AUGGGGCUGUGGCUUGAGAAGCCGCCGUCGCUGAAGAGGGUCGUUGCAGACCCAGCCUCCUCGGCAACACAGAGGGUCGCUAUCCUAAGCACACCCGGGCAGCCCAGCGAAUCGAGUAACAGGCCGACGGAGAAGAGAAGCCGCACCUCCAUGGUCAGAACAGCGAAGAAAGGAUGCGAGGUCAGGUCCAGCCCGUACCGGCCACAUGUAGUGGCCUCGACACGUCUCACAAGCUGGACAUCAGCAUGGGCAGCAGCACGCAGGCAGGAGCUAGCUGGGAUAUUCGGGGAGGAUAUCGCGGAUGCAAGGCUUCGAAUUGCGCUAGCGGCUCUGGAUGAAAAAACACGUUCGGUCUACGCUGCCGGUAUCCUACGCUACUCUCAGUUCUGCGAUAAACACAACAUCUCAGAGUCCCAACGCAUCCCUGCUCAUCCCAUCGUCAUCGUUGCCUUUGUCAAGGAGUCCCUUGGCAAGGUGUCAGGCAGCUGUGUACGAAACUGGCUGUCGGGCCUGCGUUGCUGGCACCACAUCAUGGGGGCUCCUUGGCCUGAGGACGACCCACUCUUAAGCAUGUCCCGUGUGGCAGCACGCAAAGAGGGACGCCUGCUUACCCGGGGCCCACGACCGCCAGUGUCAGCGAAACAUAUGGCCUGCCUACGCGGUACUCUAACGCCAACGGACCCGCUCGACGUCGCCAUAUGGGCAGUCGCAUCAAAUGCUUUCUGGGGCUGCCGCAGACUGGGGGAGCUACUCCCAUCAACAGCAGAGGACAUGAAGCACCACCAUCAUCCCAAACGCGACACCAUCGUCGCCGACAUCCAGCUUCAGGCGGCAGCACCCGGUGCCGGCGUAUCGUAUCACAUCCCCUGGACCAAAACAAGCCAGGAGAAAGGGGCUUCCGUGAUCCUCAUAGGCCUAAACAAUGCACUUUGCCCGGUCAAGGCGCUCGUCACUCAUCAGAUGAUCAACGCCGGGGCCAACAUCGACGACCAUUUCUUUGCUUACCGUUCGGGCCCCGACUCGUUCUCCCCGCUCACUAAGCCCCGGUUCAUGGCACGCUGCAACGAAAUCUGGUCGAACGCGGGCCUGGAGACGCUUUCUGGGCACUGCUUUAGGAUUGGGGGCACCACUCACUGGUUACUGAUGGGCACGGCACCGGAAAUCGUGGCGGCUAUUGGCGGCUGGACUUCGAUGGCCUUUCUCCUCUACUGGCGCAAAAUCGAGGAGAUCGUAGCUGCCGGGGCCUUGAAGUCUGUUGAUAGGCAUGCACUGGAGCAAGCAGCAAGUGCCGUCAAUAUGUUCCGCGAAACGCAGGGUUUGACAGACCUAGAUGUCGAGAAGGCCAUGUAA